AUUUAAUUAGAAGAGAUUAUUUAAAAAUGUGGAAGAGGUAAUUAUCUUUUAGAAUAGGAAAUUACAUUAAUUUAGAAAUUAAAUAUAUACCCUUGACCCUUCUUCAGUUUUUGUUUUGGGCUAGGUUUAGUUUUUUUAGCUAUAAACGCAUAAGGCUCGAACGAAACACAAUUUGAUAUUCUGAAAUCAGUUUUCAAUCACAAGAUCCAUUAUUAUCGGAGAGGAGAAGUUUCCACCGCCUUCACUACCAUCCCACUGAUCUCAGAUCGUCGUCUCCAACAAGAAAAUAUGAAUUCUCAUGGUAAGAGUAAGAGAGAUGGACAUGGAAGGCAUAAGAAGCAGAGAGAUGAAUCCAUUGAUUUGAUUUCAUCGGACGAAAUCAAGGAGUAUAUGGCCAAAAGGGCUCUGAAGAAGGCAUUAAGUGCUUCAAAGAAGCUGAAGAGAGAGUCAGUUUUUGGGUACUCCAAUGAUUCAAACCCUUUUGGUGAUUCGAACCUAGCCGAGACAUUCGUGUGGCGGAAGAAGAUUGAAAAAGAUAUACAUCAUGGAGCAUCACUGGAUAAAUUCUCUGUUAAAGCUGAGAGGAGAAGACUUAGAGAAACGAUGGCAGAAGUUGAAAAUUUUAAGAAGAGAAGAGAAGAGACAGCAGAAGAGAGAGCUCGACAUGAGGAAGAUAUGGCGUUAUUGGCUAGAGAACGUGCUCGAGCUGAGUUUCAAGAUUGGGAGAAGAAAGAAGAAGAGUUCAAAUUCGAACAAAGCAAAGUAAGGUCAAAGAUUAGGUUACUUGAAGGUCGAGCGAAGCCUAUUGAUGUCCUCUACAAGUACGUGGAUGAUAUGGAUAUUAAGCUCAGUGAACAACCUUACAUGGUUUUCAAGGGACUAAAUGUUAAAGAUAUGGAAGACCUUCAUAAUGAUAUCAAAAUGUAUCUUGACUGGGAUAGAGAAACUCCAACACGGGUACAGUAUUGGGAGGCGCUUAGCGUGCUAUGCGAUUGGGAGUUAGCUAAAGCUCGUAGAAGAGAUGAGGAAUUGCUUGCUGCUCAAGAAAGGGGACUACACGCUGGUGUUGAAGCUGAUGUGAGAGAACUUCUUGAUGGGAAGACCCACGCGGAGCUUGUACAACUGCAGUUUGACAUCGAGUCGCAGCUGCGAUCUGGAGCAGCCAAAGUAGUGGAGUAUUGGGAAGCGGUUCUUAAACGCAUCCAUAUAUACAAGGCAAAGGCUUGCUUGAAGGAAAUAAACGCUGAGAUACUCAGGAGACAUCAACAAGUUAAUCAUGUGGUGGAAGAAAAUGAGGAGGAGGUAAACGGCAUGAAUCUAUCAGAUGAGGCUGGUUCGUUUUCACCAGGUGAUGAUCGUGAAGAAGAAAUCGAUCCCAAGGAAUACAACACCCUUCUGGAGAUGGAACGGAUGAUUGUGGUGGAGGAACAGAGGAAGAAGCGGCUUAGAGAAGAUAACUUGGAGCUUAAGGCAAUGAAAACAAUGAGAGAAAUGGAGGAAGGUUAUGUUGUAUUUGGCUCUAAUGCUGAAGUGAACCUUGAUUCCAAGGUAUGCAAGUGGCAUGACAAGUACCGGCCUAAAAAACCCAAGUAUUUCAACCGAGUUCACACGGGUUACGAGUGGAAUAAGUAUAACCAAACACAUUAUGAUCACCAUAACCCGCCUCCAAAAUUUGUUCAAGGGUACAAGUUUAACAUCUUCUACCCGGAUUUAGUAGACGACACUGAAGUUCCCACUUGCACUAUAGAAAAAGAUGGGACAAGCUCUGAAACUUGUAUAAUCCGGUUUGAAGCUGGUCCGCCUUAUGAAGACAUUGCGUUCCGGAUUGUGAAUAAGGAAUGGGAGAAAUCUCGUAAGAAAGGUUACAAAUACACGUUCGAGCAUGGGAUUCUACAUUUGUACAACUUUAAACGACUUCGGUACAGGCGAUAAACUGGUCGGAGUUUGGCUGGAGAACACAAAACUGGCAAUUAUAAGACUUUGGCUAGUACUGUUUUAUUAAUCAUUGGUCGCAGAUAAAUGAAAUGCGUUUUGUGCCUAAAAGAUAUAUCUACAUGUUGGCAGUUAUAUCUUAAAAAGUGGUAGUUAUCUUGUUUUGUGUUUCUCUUCCUUUUUGUGCAACGUUUUGUUUGGUGUUUUAAUUUCUUUACUUAUUUUUCCCUUUGUUAAUUUUUGGAAAUGUUGUGUGUUGAUAAUCUCUUCUUCGUAUGCGUUAAUUCGUGAUGAUGUUUGGGUUUUUGUUUUGUUAAACCGUACUUCCCAUAUAACACAUUUUCUUUUAGUUUUGUAGUAAUAGAGCUUCUACAUACAACAUCUUGAGAUGAUAGCACGAAGUCUAACAUAGAAUUUUAAUGGGCACAAAAAUAAAGCAGUAUAUGGUAAAUGUCACCGAGAAAAUGCACCAUGAAGAGCCCGAGAGGGUACGUUAUUUGGGUCAGUAUCAAAAUCGGAAGACAAUCACUGGUCAGAAAAGAAAUUACUUCUCCCAAAGACAUAUAUA